CAUGGCGGCCCGCUCAUGGCGAAGUAUUCCAUGUAAAGUGAAUCAAGUUCGUCUCGAUAUUAUCCUAACGUCUGGACAAUCAUUUCGAUGGAGGAAGACAGGAGAUAAAGAAUGGACGAGUGUAUUGAAAGGAAAGGUUUGGACGUUAACUCAGGACGAACAAAACAUUCUUUACCGAGUUUACGAACCACAAAAAGUCUUCGCAGAAACAAAAAAAUCAUCCAAAAAAUCGAUAAAAAAGCCAAAUACUUCCAUAGCAACUCUAAUCUUAGAAGAAGAAAAUGAUGUAAUUCUUCGGGAGUAUUUUCAACUCGAUAUAGAUUUAUCAAGACUGUACUCAAAAUGGACCGAAGUUGACCCAUAUUUUUCAAAGAUUUGCAAAGUCUUUCCUGGAGUGAGAGCACUAAGACAAGACCCAUUAGAAAAUCUCUUUAGUUUCAUCUGUUCUUCUAAUAAUAAUAUCUCUAGGAUAACUGGAAUGGUAGAGAAAUUAUGUGUUCUUUAUGGAGAAAAAGUGACAGAGCUUAAUGGUGUAGAGUAUUUUAGCUUCCCAGAUGUGAGUGCUCUUGCAGGUCCCAAGGUAGAGCAGCAGUUAAGGGCACAUGGAUUCGGAUAUCGAGCGAAAUAUAUACAGCAAAGUGCUAAAAUUAUACAGGAAAAAGGAAAAGAUUGGCUGAUGGGACUCAGGGAUGUUGGCUAUGAAGACGCACAUAAAGCUUUAUGUGAACUGCCUGGAGUUGGUUCUAAGGUAGCAGAUUGUGUGUGCUUGAUGUCCCUAGACAAGACAAAUGCCAUCCCAGUAGACACCCAUGUAUGGCAGAUCACUGAAAAGUAUUAUAUGAAAAACCUAAGCAAAACAAAGUCACUCACUGAUAAACUGUAUAAACAGAUAGGCGAUUAUUAUAGAAAGCUUUUUGGGGAUUUUGCUGGCUGGGCACAGUUUGUCUUAUUUAGUGCUGAUCUAAAAAAAUUCCAGAAUAUGCAAGACAGCGUGGACAGACAGAUAUCUCAAAAGAGAGCUUCAUCAAUGGAACAAGAGGUUGAAAAGAACAAAAAGUCAAAGAAACAAUGAAACAACACUCUCAGAGACUAAACAAUGAUUUGGGAAUUUGGAAUAAUCCUGCAUAAUGACUACUGGGAAAUACAACAAAAGAUAAUCAAACAUUGAACUAAAAUCAGUUUUAAUCACACUGAACUGCCAAGUUCUAACUAAUAGAAACUAGCUAGAUUUAUUUAUUUAUUUAUAUUUUUUACUCUUGGUUACUGUGCUUUCCAUGAAUUACAUAAUAUUAGUUAAAUGGGGCAUGUGAUAAUUAACCCUGAAGAUGGAUGCUUGAUGGCCAAUAACUUGGUUUAAGUAUUAAAAUAUAAAUGAUACAGGUAAAA